AUGUUUAAGAAAACGUUUUUCGUUCUCACAGUAGUGCUUCUUAUUUUUGUGUAUGAUGUAAUUGAAGCAAGAAAAUUAUCUGGCAGUCGCAGUUCGAGUUCCGGCCGAAGUUCUAGUAAAAGAACCAAUCCGAAACCAGUACCGACAUCCUUCAGUUAUCCACAACCUUCAGCACCUAAACCGUCCUUGUUUGGCUGGCAGGAAAAACCUGCUCAGAAAACUCAAGUGUCGUCUCAAAAAUCAAAACCAUCAAACCAAGGACAUUCUUAUCCAUCAAGCAACACCGGAUUAUCUGGCAACGGUCCACCUAAACAAUCUCCCACAUAUGAAGGAGGAAUUCAGAGAAGCAAUGUGCCUUCUCAACAAUCUUCACCUAAUAAACAAAAUGUUCAUCAACCAAGCCAUACUUAUCCAGCAUCAAACAGUCUAUCAGGUAACUCCGGAACUAAUUCUGGGGCUGGAUAUCCACAAGGUACUGGAUUAUCGGGUUCAAGUUACCCAGGACAACCUUCAUCAAAUAUAAAUACAGCUAAUGGAUAUCCCGCUAACAAUGUUGGAUCUUACCGUAACACACAAAAUGCACCGCCACCAUAUUCAAGUAUAGGGAAUACAAACUAUCAUCCUCAAGGGCCACCGCCACCUUAUACUAAUGCAGGAGGUAGUAAUUAUCAUCAUCCUCAACACCCGCCACCACCUUAUACUAACUAUGGACAUAGUUAUGGAGGUCCUGGUGGAUCUUACAGUCCUCAAGCCCCUGGGUACUUUGGGAACUACGUUAGUCCAGGAAAAAAUUAUGGAGGUGUGAGUCGACCAGGAAAUGUUUUAACAGGAGUUGGAAUUGCAGGAGCAGGAAUAGGCACUGUUUUGACAGGUUUAGCGUUGUGGAAUUUAGCAAGAUCAACCGGUCAUCAUCAUCAUACAGUGAUUUAUGACAAUCGUGGUCAACCGAUCGCUGUAGCUCCAGAUAACAGUACCACGCCGGUCGUUGAUCCAAUAUUAAGUGAUUUAGUGAACUGCACACUCACUAUUAAUAAUGGUAAUAAGACAGAAGUUCUUGCAAUACCCUGUUCAAUAGCAACAUCAUUCACUCCGGAUGCCGAUGUUAAAGACGAGAGUCUAAAUAAGGAAUCAAGCGAUAAUACAGAAUGUAUUAUAACUGUUGUUACAAAAGCGUCUAGAGAAUUUAUGACAUCCAUUCCUUGUUCUGUCCUUCUUAAUACUGCAGCUGAAAAUAAUGUUACCGAGGCUCCAAUCCCGGAUACAAAUAUGACUAUAGAAAAUGGUACUUCGGUUUUACCUCCUCAGGAAACCUUGAGUGCUGACCAACCUACGGCGCUCCGUCUUUCAUCUUUAGAAGAUGAGAACUUCAAAGAACCUAAAACUUCGUUAAACUGUACUCAAGAAGAAGGGGAAAUUCGGGAUCCCAUUAAUCAUUGUUUUAGCGUGAAACAUAAUUUAACUGUCAUUCCUUUAGAAACGACUGUUCCACUAUAG